UACACUUGUCUUUCCCGCUUGCCAGUUGACAUUCGCCUGUAGCGCGGUUAACACGCGUCGCGACCAAUCGCCCAAGACACGUACGAUUCAAUUUUCGUAUUGGAAAUUUUGAAUCGUCACGUUACGUCCGCGAAUUUUAACGAAAUAAUAUUAAUCGCAUGUGAAUGAUGCUAUGAGAUUGUGAUUCGUUUAAAUUCAGUGGCUGCUUGUUGUUUUAUUUUGUUUGUUUUGUUUACCGAAGUACAGUAAAAGUUUCAAUAACUGUUCGGAGUCCAUGUGAAAAGUGGAAGAAACCCGGAAGGACGGGUCCGCUCUCCCCUGCUCGCUUCCGCAACAGAGCCAUGACGGUGAAGAAGACAGCUCGUUCAGGCGGUCUCGCAGCGCUGGUCGCCCGACAAAAGCUUCAUUCCAACCAGCUAUUAGAAGUCCUAGGGCUCAGCAAGCCUCCCUACACCUACAACAUCCUCGUCGGCUUCAACGAGAAGGACCAACUCCAAUUGCUAACCAAAUACGAACACGCUGACGAUGAGAAACAAUCGCUAAUCAAAGAUUUUACCGACUACAAAUCUAAGAUUGAGAAUAUCAGUAUUGAUGACAUUGCCAACUGCGUCAACGUUGAGACCUACCCGAAUGGCGACAACACUUUAGUCUUCUACGUCAUAAAAAAUGCAGUCAAAGAGGCGGUAGCUUUGAAAUUCGAAAACGAGCAAGACUUCAAGAGAAUAUAUUUCACUUACAAAUAUUUCAAAAUGAGGAAUCGCCUGACGAAAAACACGGUCAACACGAACGAGGGCUUGUUCGCGAAAAAGAAGACCCACCACGACAUAUUUAAAAACAGUAAGAACAGCGACGAUUAUGGAAUCUUCGAGAAAGGCAAAUCCGAGUAUGACCUGAUGCGUACAACUGAUAAUGACGGGGUCACACAUAUCGCUGUUCACCAGAAACAUUUGAAUACGAGGUUCGAUCAACCUAUGAGUAUAAUAGGUAUUAAAAACGAAGUCGGCAAUGUAGACGAGAUUGAUAGUAUUAUUUAUACAGACAUAGAUGUGCUAGCUAAGCCAGACAAGAAGAGAUUAUUUCAGAAGAAACCGAAAGCACCACAGCCCCCAGCGCUGAAUAAAGACGCUAAAGUUUUGAAAGGUGAAUUCGUGCGUGUUAAUGUCGAUAGAGUUCCAGACGUGAUCCCAAAGGACAACAAAGCUAAUAAAGUACCGGAUAUCUUGAUAUUCAAAGAAAAUAAACAGAAAAAGAUCAGUCCCCCGAGCAAUUUAUGGUCGGCCAGUAAUAAAGUGGUCAACGGGUACGAGUCUGAUCGAGAGGAGUGGAGGACGAGUCGCUCCCAGUUCUCGACGACGGCCUUCGACAGUCUGGCGAGACCCACGAAAAUGGCCAUGGCGCUCACCCUACGGAAGCCGCAGAGAGUCGAACCGGUGCCGUACUACCGGCUCCCAAACGAACCGAAGCCAAAAUUAACCCCGGUCCCCUUCAGGCCGAAUAACUUCGUCCAAAGAGCGCCCAGGUUACCCAGGCCGAGUCCAGAACCAAAACGGAACUUACUCAACACCGAACACAGGAAGUUCACGUCACUACAAAACCUAGAACUGCCGAAGAAACUCAGCGAAGCCCCCAAGAAAACAGAAACGAAAAAGAUUAAUAAUUACGCGAACCUGACGAAUAAAAUAACCGGGAUCACGAGUAAACUGCGGGAUUUGGGCAACCACAGCAACACGUUAGGUAGAUUCAGGGCCCAGUCUCACGGGGACGUCGCCAAUCUGAAGCCAGUAUUGAAAACGAACGCCAUAGAUGGAGGGAAACGCUCCGUCGUAAGGACUUGCAGUGUAGAGCCACCAAAGAAGGUUACAUUUAGCGCUUUCGCUACAGUCCAAGUAGUCUAAUUAAAAUUUGAACCCAAAACAAUUAUUUAUCAGCUUCCAAUAAUAAUUAAGGCUUAAUAUUCGCACGUUUCUGUUCCGUAGUCUUAAUGUAAUUUAUGAUUUUAUUUUUAAUGUUUGGCAAGGCCGGGCUCUGUGUAAAUAUAUUGUUUGUAUUUCGUAAUUGUAAAUGUAUAUUGUAAUUUUAUUGUAUUUAAUCUGUAAUGUUACUUAUUUUUUGUUAUCGUAUGGGCGAUUUAAUUUUUCCUUCAAUGUUGAUCGAAUGACUUUAAGAGGCAUGUCUAUGGCUCCCAAAACUGGUAAGAAAGGUUGAGAGCCGCUGGCUUAAACUAAUACGGUCUUUGUUGUUCGUUUGAGUCAAAAAAAUAUAGUCUUAAAUGCUCCGUAUGAGCAUGUAAUGUAAGGCAAUUAAAACUCAACCGUCUUGUAUGCCUAGAAGGACAAGGAAAGAGAUCCGUCAGCUACCUUUAUAUCACAAUACGAGAACUCUAUCACUCAAAAAAUUGAGUGAAUAUUUCAGGGCGUAUUUAAGUCGUAGGCUCUUUUUUCUAUCAAAACUUUUAAAUGCGCAAACACAAUUAUUGGUUAUCGUUAGAAUUCUUACAUGAUCUGAACAUUGGAAUGUUUUUUUUACGCGACAAUCCUAUCUUGAUAGUCUAUGUUAUGAUUGUCUAUGUAAGUGAACAUUAAUGGUUUGGGUUAUGGCUUAGGAAACUGUUCCCUUCUGGGAAGCAUAAGCCGAUGUUUGAGGUAUUGCUUGCAUUCAUAGUCUAACCUUUUAUUUUCUAUAGCCGCAGACACGGGCCCAAUGUACUCUUACGUCAUCGUCGACAAUACGUAAUCUUUCUAUUUUUUAAAUGUCAAAUGUCAUUUUAGUAAUUUGUCGAAUAGUUUCUAUGCUUCGAAUGGUCAAUUACGCGGGAAUCCGUUGAUUUCCAUAUCUAAAUUCAUUUGCAUAGAUUAUCUUUUGUAGUGAUGUGGAUGAGAUCUAAAAUCGAAAAUAAAUUAAAAAUCCGUUUAGAGAUUUGAAAGGAAGAUUUGAGAGAGGAAGUUUGAAAAGUUUGAAAGGUAUUUAGUACUAGAUGCAGAGUUGCGAAAAAUUAUUAUAACGGUGUUGGUGACGUCAUCGCCUUCAAAGUGCGAGCAGUGUGAGAGAGAUAGGGAGAUAAUCGCAGAACGCACCAUCACGCUUACCUUAAUUUUCAUAGUUAUGUCUUGAGACGCACAGUCUUCGCAGUUUCAAAAUAUUCAAUCUUAUAUUUCGUGAAAUGCUCAAAUGAAAUGCCACCAAUCUUAGUAAGAUUGUUGUCGGUCAGUUUCGCUCUGAAACGUAAAUAUGAAAUUCACAAAAGAAAUUAUUAAUAUUUAUUGUUAUUUAUUUAUCGAAUGUGAAUAUUAUAGACAGUAAUAACGCGAUUUGGAAAAUUGGCGUUCUUCAAUGGGAAUUGUUUUCGCUUUAGAAUGUACCUUUUGUAUUUUUAAGUUCUUUGAUAGUGAUGCCUUCGACUCGAUGCUCAUUAAAAAAAAACCACGUAUACUGUUAUUAUUUACGGCUAACGGUUACUCGACUUUUCAGUCUCUUUAAUUGUUUCAAGAUUAUCUUUUCAGUAUAAUUUGCUAAGGGUCAAUGUACUUUACAACUACGAUGAAAAUAAUAAUAUCAUAUAUUAUUAUAACUUAGUUUCUUUUAUUAAUGUUCUUA